CGAAAGUGGUCUACAAUUUUUUAUGUCUUCAAAUAAAGUGAUUUUAAGCCCUGGUAAUGAUAAUGGAAUUAUUGAACCAAAAUAUUUUUUAAAAAUUAUUGACGUGAAAACAGGACUAGAAUUAUAAUUGGAAAAAAUAUCAAAAUUAUGAGUGCAAAUUCGAAGGAAAACAAGUUUGUUGAGAAUCGUACGGAAAACGGAGGGGGCGGAAAACCUAAACCAUUUCACAAGUCAGGAUCUUUGUGUAAAGGUCCUACUUUAAUAAUCACAGGAUAUCCUAGAACUGUUAAACGAGCAGCUUUUCAAAAAUUUCUUGCAUCAUUUGGAAAAGUACAUAAAUGUUAUUUUUAUCGAGAUUAUACAACAAUACAAUAUGCGACAGAGAAUACAUAUAAAACACUUUUACAAAGUCCAUUACGCUAUGAAAAUAAUUUUCUAAAGAUAAAAAUUGCCUCCCCAAGUGAAAUACCAAAAAAUAAAAAUGAAAAUGAUCUCACCAAAAAUCUGAAUAAUGGAAUGAAUAUAAUUGAUCCAUUACAAUUGGUGAAUAAAUUAACUGAAUGUAAAACGGCGGAUGAGCAAUUAAUGUAUUUUAUGAAAGAAUUACAACUUCCAUAUCAAGAAAUUAAAACAAAUUACUCAGCACUUUGUCAACAUUUGGAAUUGGCAUUAAAUACAUCAUUAUUUAAAGGAUGUCGCGCAAUGCCGUUUGGAUCAACUGUAACAGGCUUAGCAUUUAAAUGGAGUGAUUUAGAUGUAUUCAUACAAAUUUCUAAUAUAUCCAAUAAUUUAACAAACGCAACAACAUUAGCCGCAAUGUAUGUAAAUGAAUCCAGAAAACCAUUACAACGUCGUUCAGACUUAUUUACAAAAAUUAUAACAAUCACAAAAGCAAAAACACCAAUUGUGAAAUGUAUUCAUAAACCAACAGGAAUUAAUUGUGAUAUUAACUUUAAAAAUAUGUUGGGCGUUUGUAAUAGCAGUUUAGUCAAUUUCUUAUUAAAUAGUGAUGUUCGAUUACGACCAAUGAUGAUGGUGAUCAAAUAUUGGGCGAAAAUUAAUGAUAUUACUGGACCCGGGAAAAUAUCAAAUUAUGCGUUAGUAAUGUUACUGAUAUUUUAUUUACAACAGAAUCCAAAACCAAUAUUACCAAAUAUUUCGAUGUUACAACAUCCAUCAUUUGAUAAAAUUAUAGAGGGCUGGAAUGCGGGCUAUAAUCACAACUUUUAUUUCCACACAAUAAAUGAAGAUUCAAUACCUUAUUUAUUACAUGGUUUUUACGAAUUUUAUAGCACGUAUGAAUUUUCAAUGAAAGUUAUAUCACCAUUCACGGCUACAAGCAUUUCUAAAGCAAUGUUUCAUGAUACUGAAAAAUUAGAAAAUAUUUUUUGGCGAUACAAAGCGAUCAUAUUAAAAGAUGGCGUUAAUAAAUUACAUGUGGAUUCUUGUAUGUGUAUACAAGACCCAUUUGAACAUAACCACAAUCUAACGAAAUGUGUAAAUAAUACAACAAUUAAACAUUUACAAACGUGUUGCACAGCAUCAGCUCUUAUCUGUCGAAAAGCAAUCGAUUCACAAUCGAUAAUAAGUUUAUUACCACAACUUUUCAAAGAAACACCUUUAACCACUAAUUUACCUACCCAAACAAGUAAUUAUGAAAUAACAAUAUUACCCGGUUCUUUAAUAGAACAAAACACCGCUUGCUCGUCAAAUCUGAUAAAUUCAGAAGAACACCAGAGGAAAAUUUGGUAUGAGCGUGUAAACGAAAUUCUUAUGUUAAUAUUAAAAAAAGUCAUGAAAUUUGACAUAAGUUUAACAAAAUGUGAACAAAUCAGUAAAGCACAAAGAACUGGUCAAUCCACGGAUGUACAUGACGAUAUUGUUGAAUCGUUUAAAAUUUCAUGUACAGGUUACUAUGUGUUACACAGUGGCCGUAAAAAGAUUUCCAAGAAAAUUGAUAAAACAACACCGAGCUUAAAACAUGAAAUAGCUAUUUCUGAAUAUAUUCUUGAAAAGUAUUAUAAAACACCCAUUAUUGAUAAAAAACCAAUAUUAGAAUUGGAUAUUGAAUUUAUGGCACGCCGUAAACCAACCAGAAUUGUUUUGGAAGUUAUAAAUCGGCAAGAAAAAUUAAAAAAUUAUUUCAUACCAUGUGCACAAUAUCUACAAAGAUGGUUGCCUUCAUGGAUGGAAAAACAUUUACAAGAAAAUACUGAGGAUAUUUUCACUCCCACUACAUCUUAGCAACAUAAAUUUAUGGCUAACGUGUUAACAUAAAUAUAAUUUUACCGCUUUCAAAAUAUUACAAAAGAACGUGAUAGAUUAUCAUUAAAAACCGGUACCGUUAAGAAAAAAUAUUAAAAAAAAAAAAAUUGUAAUUUUAAG